AUGGUCUUAUUGAUGCCGGAGUUGAUCCAGGUCAAUGGCCCCGAAGAGCAGCAACGCAAGAAAGACGUGUUCACGCCUACAUGCCACAUCUUCUACGAGCAACGCAUCAUGGAUAUCGCCGAUGGACUCCCCAAGUGGAGCGGGAUGGACAACUCGAGUACAUUGCUAGAUGAUGGAGGGCAAGAAUCCCAUUCGAAAUAA